AUGUCUGACAACGAGAAAAGAAUGAACACUACGGAGAACGAAGAUCAAUAUGCCUCGGAAUCGGAAGAGGAGCAGCAGCCUGAACCACAAGAGGAAGAGGAGCAGCCUGAACCACAACAAGAGAAACCAAAACAGGGGCAGCGUACGAUGCAACGAGCACGUCAAAACAAACAACAACCACAGCAACAAGCACCGCUGAACCACAUACCCCAGCAACAGCAACAGCAGAUGACGGCCCCGAUGGACCCACGCCUUACGGGAAACAUGGGCGGCCAUGGCGGAGCAAUCAGAGAGUCGCGAAUCAAGGACCGUCCGCAGCCAAAGGAGGUGCGGGACAGCAGUUUAAAAAUCAAGAUAGAGCUGGAUCUUGAGGUUGAGGUAGAUCUCUAUGCUAGGGUGAAGGGCGAUGUUACAAUAGGAUUGAUGUAG